UUUGCGUCAUGGAGGCAAAAGCUCUCGGCGUCCAUCUUUCCAACCUCGCCAGCUGCUUCUUUCCGAGCGACCGCUUCUCCCCAGCCCUUCGCAACCCCUGAGGAAGAGAGGCCGAGUCUGGCGUGGGCGAGCAGCCGCCCAGGCCGGCCCAAGAGGCGGGCGCGUCGGAGGCGGGCAGGCCGAGCUCUCCUUCCCCCGCCUCAGGCCCAGCCAUGGCCUCCUCCGCUGGAGACCGGCGCGUGGCCGUAUGGCUGAAAGCCGACGACCUGCGCUGCUCCGUCUGCCUGGAGCUGCUGGCCAGCCCGGCCACGCUGUCCUGCGGCCACAGCUUCUGCCUGGGCUGCCUGCGGAGGUGGGCCGAGGCGCGGGAAGGCCGCGAGCGCAGCUGCCCCAACUGCCAGCGCCCCUUCCGAAAGCAGCUGCCCGACCGCAACGUCUUGCUGGAGCUGGUGCUGGAGCCGUUGAGGCGCGCGGCCGGCCAGGGCCAGCCUCUCCCGGUAGGUCGGUCACCCGCCGGGCGCUUCUCCCAGCAGCCGGCCCAGCGGCAGACACAGAUGCGGGAUGAGGUGAAAAUAAGUGAAAUCUCUGCACAAGUUGACAUGGUGGUGGAGGCAGUCACCAGGAUGAGAAAGAACAGGACUGAAAUGAAGGACUAUGUAUCUCGGAUCAGAACCUCAAUUACAGAAGACUUUGCUGUCAUGAAGAAGUACAUUAAUGACCAGGAGCAAAUGGUGCUAGAAGUUCUUGACCAGGAAUGUAGAGUUGCCGAACAAAAAAUCGAUGAGGUGGUUCAGCAGCUGACAGCAAGACUCGAUCACCUUUUAGAGUUGCAAACCAACUCUGAAGAACUGAUGAAGAAUGUCCUGUCAGAACAAACCAUUUCUGUGGGUUCUUCUCCUGCAAUUGAGAAAGUUGAGCUGGAUGAUCAGAAGAUCGACAGUGUUGCCCGUGCCGUAAAAAAACUCACAAGGCUAUUGGAAAUGCCAGUGUUGGAGAACUGUCCCAGGCAGAUGCUACAAGCUACAGAGCCUUCUUUGGAAGCCAGUGGCACCAGUGAAAUCCUGAUGGAGCUGAAAGAAUGCACAAUUGCCACAUCUAGCAAUUCUACCCACCAUCAAGAUACAUAUCAGGACACUCGUGGCUGUCCCUCAUCAAUGGAUUCCAAUGGAGACAGUUCAAUGCCAGUGAUUUCAAGUCAGUUUUCUCCAUGGGCAUCCGAUGUGACAUUUGAUCACGAGAGAAUCCACGACUACCUGGAACUCACAAAAGAUAAAAGGAGAGUGACUGUGUCCAAAUAUUCUUGUGAAUAUAAACACUCCACAAAGAGAUUCCGCAACAGUCAGGUGAUGGGUUCUCCAGGUUUCUCUGAAGGGUGCCAUUACUGGGAAGUGAACACUAGAGGCAGUAUCGGGUGGGCCAUUGGUGUGGCUGUUGGAGAAAUGGGCAAUUGUGAUCAACUCGGGAGAACUGAGCUGUCUUGGUGUGUAGAAUGGACAGAUGGAAAACUCUCUGCAUGGCACGAGGGACAAGAAACUGGAAUUAGUGAAGAGAGACCUCUGAGGGUUGGCACCUUUCUCAACAUUCCUCAAAACUGCGUAUCGUUUUAUUCUUGCACUGAUAAGGAAACUUUCUUACAUAGGUUUGAAAUAAAAAAAGACAGUCUUGUUUACCCAGCUUUUUGGAUCUAUGGUGUAGAUCCGGGUAAUUUUUUAACUAUAGGCAAUAUUACAAUGAGCUAGGGCAGUGAUGAUGAACCUAUGGCACAGGUGCCAGCAUGGACGUAGGUAAGGGAGGGGUUCUCGGGUUUGAACCCCCCCAUUCAUGUCCGAACCCUCCGUUUGUGGGUUUUUAAAACA